UAGAAUUAGUUGUAUUUACAAAAGUUCUGUGGUUUAUUGCCUUUACAACGGGAUACUAUACAUCAUAGAAAUAAGAUGAUUUGCGGUCGAUAGACGAGAAAACAACUGAUUAGGUUCAGGAAUAAAGAAUUUAUUUUUUCAGUUUUGUACGUUUUAAUUUGGUGUUAACAUAUCAUAAGGUAUUUUCAAAAUGACUGCCUUCAUUUCUGAGACAUGCUCGAUAUCUUGUCCGUAUUCUGACGGUUGUUGUGUGUAGCAGGAUCUCUUCUUUCAUCUGAUGAAAGUCAGCUUCAAUCCUUUGCAUUAGCACUUCUCUGUUGGGCACCUCUGUUGCAUACACCAAUUCCUUCGCUCGGCCCCAGACGACCACCCCUACCAAUCCAGGCCGUAAACGGGUUGGACGUAACGAGCGGGGCAGCCAUCAUACUGGAAAAUAAUUGGUGCAUCGGAUAUGCCGGAUUUCGGCCUAUUGUCCAGCAAGACUGUGACGGAGGUGCUCAUGUUGGAGAUGAAAAUGUCUCCCAAUGCCAAGACAUAUCUUGUAUCAGGAUAUCCUAGGAAUAUGCGUGAUGUAGUAGAGUAUUCCGAAAAGGUAGGUUUAUUAUUUUUUAUUACGGUUCCACUCUGAAUAAAGAAAUUUCCGAAUGCCACUUUAUGAAAGUAAUGUCCCACCUCCGAGACUCUUCCGUUUUGUGA